GAAGAGAAAACGUCGACAGGAGCGCAGCUUCUGGGAUUGUAGCAGCGACAGUAAACCCGGAAGAGUUUUGUUUUCUGCCCUGGUAAAGCUAUAAGCGCAUGACAAUCCGGUGGCAUGUGUGCGUCAAUGGUUGCAGUGCGCAGAACACUUUGCAGAUCCUCUAAACAUCACCUGAGAAUGAAGUUUCCACAGGGAUCAGUGAGAUCCACCAGAGACUGCUCUCAGGCUGAAAACAGCUGGAAUCCUCUGAGAUGGGAUCUUUCCCCAGACGAGAUCAGGACCGUCACAGACACCUUAAUAGCCAGAGUGAAGAAGGUCUACGAUGAUGUCGGAUCUCUGCACAUAGAAACCGUCUCUGCUGAAAACAUGCCGGAAGCCCUGGCUAACGCUAAGCUGGACUACGCAUCAUCCCGCCACAUUCUUGACUUCCCUCAGUAUGUCUGUCCCAACAAGGAGGUUCGAUCGGCGAGCACAGAGGCAGACAAGAAACUAUCUGAAUUUGACGUGGAGAUUAGCAUGAGGGAAGACAUGUUCAAGCGUAUGAUGGCCUUGCAGAAAAAGUUUCAAGACAAUCCUUCAACUGAAGAAAAGAGAUUCUUAGACAGACUGGUUACACUGGGCCAGAGGAAAGGACUGCAUCUGUCUAAAGAGAUACAGCAGGAAGUAAAAAAAACCUCCAAGCUUAUCAGUGACCUCUCCAUAGAAUUCAACAGGAAUCUGAAUGAGGACAGUACAUUUCUUGUUUUUUCCGAGCAUGAACUGGGAGGCCUCGCUGAAAUCUAUCUCAAUGGUCUGGAGAGGACAGCAGAGGGGAAGUACAAGGUGACGCUGGAAUAUCCCCACUACCACCCCCUGAUGAAGAGGUGCCACAAUCCUGAGACCCGGAGGAAGAUGGAAACAGCUUUCCACAGCAGGUGUAAACAGGUGAACACGGCGAUUCUUGAACAGCUAAUCCAACUAAGGGCAAAGGUGGCAGACUUACUCGGUUACAGCAGCCAUGCAAACUAUGUGCUGGAGAUUAACAUGGCUAAACACGCAGGCAAUGUGUCCGGCUUCAUAGCUUUCUAAUCAAAUUGACUCCACUGGGAACUGGAUGCAGCCCUCAUCCUCCUGUGCCACUCCCUGAGGUCUACAGCAGAGCUGAUUGGCUCACCAAUUAUGAGCUCCACCAAUCCCUGAUGAGGCCUCCCUUUUUAAACCCAAGACUUCCUGGGAGAAGGCGUGGCUGAUUCUUUGCUGAGACAGCUUGCCACUUUGCAGAGUGUUUGUUGACUGCUGUACACAGCAUUGUCUUUUGUGAGCUUUUGUAAAUCUUUGUUACCUUUGAUAGUCCCUGUGGGGGCUUUGUAUGUAAGCUUAUAGUAGCUAACUGGAGUUUUGUUGUAUUUUAUUUAACCUUAGGUUUUGGUUAAGAUCUUUGGUUUACAACUCUGGUUGUUUUGUGGAUAUUGUUUUAUUUAGUAUUUUUGGUUAAAAGACCCUAACUUUUCAUUGUAGUUGUGUUUUUUACCUUUGUAUUUUG